CACUCGUUGUAUGUCGUCACUGAUCCCGCAGGUAGCAGCACGAAGGUGUGCGUUGUGGGAAGCGGUCCGGGAGGUUUCUACACGGCGCAGCACCUCAUCAAGGCACGUCCGGACGUUGAGGUGGACAUUUAUGAGCGGCUGCCUGUCCCCUUCGGUCUGGUCAGGUUCGGGGUGGCCCCUGAUCACCCAGAAGUCAAGAACGUCACCAACACGUUCACGCAAACAGCCAGACAGUCGCGUUGCAGUUUCUACGGCAACGUGGACGUGGGGACCGACGUGAGCAUGGAGGAGCUGCGGCGAGCCUACCAUGCCGUCGUGCUGAGCUACGGGGCGGAGGGGAACCGGAGCAUCGGGGUGCCUGGAGAAGACUGCCGGGUGCACGCUGCCAGGGCCUUUGUGGGUUGGUACAACGGGCUGCCCAGCUGUCGAAAGGUAUGCAGAUUGGAACCCCCCCCCCCUCAACUCUCUGUUAAAACAAGUGUUAUUUAUACCUUCACAUUUAUUGUUUUAGAUGUUAGCAGAAUCUAGUUGUCUAGAAAGGACAUGUUAUUGAACAGGCUCAAGUGGAAAAUGUCUUGUGUCUUUUCCCAGGGCACUGACAUCACCCAGCCGGCCCUGGAAGCACUGGCCCAGAGCCACGUCCGCAGGGUGCUGAUAGUUGGCAGGAGAGGACCUGUGCAGGUUGCUUGCACAAUCAAGGAGGUCAGAGAAAUGGUGAACCUGCCAAACACCAGACCCGAGAUGGUGGCGGCAGAUUUUGAGGGUGUCGCAGAGGCUCUGAAAGAUCUGCCGAGGCCCAGGAAGCGCCUCACGGAGCUGAUGUUGAAGACUGCCCUGGAGACCCCCGGAGAGAACGAGCAGCAGAGGCGGAACGGGGCCUCCCGCACCUGGGGCUUUCGAUUCUUCCGGAGCCCCGUCAAAAUCCUGGCCGACUCCGACCGCGGCGGCGUGGCUGGCAUCCGCCUGGCGGUCAACCAGCUGGAGGGCUCAGGCGACGGAGCCCAGGCGGUGCUCUCCGGAGAAGUUGAGGAUGUGACAUGUGGCCUGGUCAUCAGCAGCAUAGGCUACAAGAGCCUCCCCAUAGACCCGGUGCUGCCGUUUGACCCCCGCAGAGCCAUCGUGCCAAAUGACAUGGGCCGUGUUCAACAGGCUGCAGGUCUCUACUGCAGUGGCUGGCUGAAGACGGGCCCCACGGGCGUGAUAGCUACCACUAUGAACAAUAGCUUCGACACCGCUCGGUCCCUGGUGGAGGACCUGGAAUCGGGAGCGUUGAACACAUCUGCUGCAAAGCCUGGUUCCCAAAGCGUCCGCGCUCUGCUCGAGAAGAGAGGAGUGAAACCAGUGACUUUCGUGGACUGGGAGAAGAUUGACAGUGUGGAGGUGAGCAGAGGGGAAGCUGUCGGGAAACCCAGAGAAAAACUUCUGACUGUGGAAGAAAUGCUGCAGGUGGCUCGAAGUUAACUGAAGAAAAGAAACACUGAGUAGCUGUAUGAAACAAGUUGCCAUACUGAUGAGGAUCACUGAGCAGCAACAAAGGAGACGGCGUCAUGGGUCACUCAACAGGGACGUAAAUAAUAUUGUACACAUGAGUUGUGGCACUCACUGAAACACCGGACUCUCUACUGGACACCAACAAUAAUGAACUAUUGUAUAUUGCAUUAUACUGCAUGUAUGCUAAAUAGUAAAAACUGGCUGAAUUUUGUUCUUUGAA